CCGGGGGCGGGGGCGCCGGCGCGGCGCAUGCGCGCUGCAUUGUUUUGACUGAAAAUGCCGUCGGUUUCGAAAGCGGCGGCGGCGGCGGCGGCGGCGGCGCUGAGCGGGUCCCCCCCGCAGACUGAGAAGCCGACCCACUACAGGUACCUGAAGGAGUUCAGGACGGAGCAGUGCCCCCUGUUUUCACAGCACAAGUGCGCGCAGCACAGGCCAUUCACCUGCUUCCACUGGCACUUCCUCAACCAGCGGCGCCGCAGGCCCCUCCGCAGGCGCGACGGCACCUUCAACUACAGCCCCGACGUGUACUGCUCCAAGUACAACGAGGCCACUGGCGUGUGCCCCGACGGCGACGAGUGUCCCUACCUGCACCGGACGACGGGGGACACGGAGCGCAAGUACCACCUGCGCUACUAUAAGACAGGAACCUGCAUCCACGAGACGGACGCGAGGGGCCACUGCGUGAAGAACGGGCUGCACUGUGCCUUUGCACACGGCCCCCUGGACCUGCGGCCCCCCGUGUGUGACGUCAGGGAGCUGCAGGCCCAGGAAGCCUUGCAGAACGGCCAGCUGGGCAGCGGGGACGGUGUCCCGGAUCUGCAGCCUGGGGUUUUGGCCAGCCAGGCCAUGAUUGAGAAGAUCCUGAGUGAAGACCCCCGAUGGCAAGACGCCAACUUUGUGCUGGGCAGCUACAAGACGGAGCAGUGCCCGAAGCCACCACGCCUGUGCCGCCAGGGCUACGCGUGCCCGCACUACCACAACAGCAGGGACAGGCGGCGCAACCCCCGGACCUUCCAGUACAGGUCCACGCCCUGCCCCAGCGUGAAGCACGGGGAUGAGUGGGGGGAGCCCUCGCGCUGCGACGGCGGUGACAGCUGCCAGUAUUGCCACUCCCGCACAGAGCAGCAGUUCCACCCCGAGAUCUACAAAUCUACGAAAUGCAACGACAUUCGCCAAACCGGGUACUGCCCGCGCGGCCCCUUCUGCGCCUUUGCACACGUGGAGAAGAGCCUGGGGAUCAUGAAUGACUGGGGCUGCCGCGAUCUCCACCCCGGGAGUCCCGCCUCCACCGGCAGCAGCCAGCCGGGUAACGCCAAGCGGAGAGACUUGCCAGCCGAGGGUGGCCCGAAGGCCAGUGAGCAGGACAGCAAGCAGAACCACCUGGCUGUGUUUGCAGCGGUCCACCCGCCGACCCCCAGCGUGAGCUCCAGUGUGGCGUCCAGCCUGGCGUCCAGCGCCGGCUCCGGCAGCUCCUCCCCCACCGCGCUGCCCGUGCCCUCCGCCCGCACCCUCCCGCUCGGCCCCGGCAGCACCGUGGAGGCCGUCCUCGGUUCUGCGUUAGAUCUACAUCUUAGUGACGUGAAUAUUGCAUCCCUAGAGAAGGAUCUGGAAGAGCAAGACGGCCACGACCUGGGACCAGCAGGUCCCAGGUUGCUGGCUGGCUCUGCGCCUGUCGCCAUCCCCGGCUCCCUGCCCCGAGCACCGUCACUGCACUCGCCGUCCUCUGCGUCCACCUCGCCGCUCAGCUCGCUGUCCCAGCCCCUGCCGGGGCCCUCGGGCUCCUCAGCCAUGACGCCCCCCCAGCAGCCGCCGCCGCUGCGCUCCGAGCCGGGGGCACUGGGCUCCACAGCCGCCUCCUACAGCUCCUUAGGUUUGAACGGUGUCCCUGGGAGCAUCUGGGACUUUGUUUCCGGCAGCUUCUCCCCCAGCCCAUCCCCCAUCCUGAGCUCCGGCCCCUCGUCCUCUUCGGGUGCAAGUCCAAACGGAGCAGAGCUGGCCCGGGUCAGGCGGCAGCUGGAUGAGGCCAAGAGGAAGAUCCGGCAGUGGGAGGAGUCCUGGCAGCAGGUGAAGCAGGCCUGCGACGCGUGGCAGCGGGAGGCACAGGAGGCCAAGGAGCGUGCCCGUGUGGCGGACAGCGACCGGCAGCUGGCGCUGCAGAAGAAGGAAGAGGUGGAGGCGCAGGUGAAGCAGCUGCAGGAGGAGCUGGAGGGCCUGGGCGUGGCCUCCGCGCUGCCGGGGCUGCGUGGCUGCGGCGACAUCGGCGCCAUUCCCCUGCAGAAGCUGCAUUCGCUGCAGAGUCAGUUGCGACUGGACCUGGAGGCGGUGGACGGCGUGAUCUUCCAGCUGCGCACCAAGCAGUGUGUGGCCUGCCGGGAACGAGCCCACGGUGCCAUCCUGCGGUCCUGCCAGCACCGUGUCCUGUGUGAGCCCUGUGCGGCCAGCGCACCUGAGUGCCCCUACUGCGAGGGCCAGCCCCUGCGGUGGUGACCUCAGCAGGGACAGCUGCCUCCUGGUGGGCACCCUGGCUCCAGUGCUCCUUGUGACCACAGCCACGUUGUCACUGCUGGUGCCCCCGAAGCGAGGACCAAGGCUGGGAGCUCCCGCCCACGCUCGGCCUGGUGGCCCUCCCAUACAUGAUCACCUCUCUAGGUCCAGCGACGGUUCCAAGGUAUUUUCCUCAAAAACCUUAAAAGCAAACCCACAGAACCCACUUGCCUGUCCUCACGGGGCCUGGUGCCUCAGGGGUCUGCGUGGGUGCUCUGUGGUCCUGACGCUGCUGUGACUGGGUCAUUGGGAGCUGGGGUGUCGAAGCACUUUGUAGACUGAGGAAUUUAGGUAGAGGUUCUAAAUUGCUCUAAGCUGCUUUCUACAUUCAUGUUUUUUAAUAUGCGAUAAUAUGAAGCUUUAUAUGUGUACUGUGAACUUAAACAUUUCCUAUUCGUUGUUAAUUCAUAGUAUGCUAAAUAUUCUAGAUUUCAUAUUCUGAAACUAGUACUUAUGAAAUGAGCGUUUCUCUAGUAGCAAGACCUAGGAUUUUUACAUUUUCCAAUUAAGUGCAAAUAGUAUUUAUAAGCAGAGUGAUUACUGAGAGAGAUUAACUUUAUGGAAGGAGCUAGUUUUCCUAAGCCCAUGCGUGUGUGCAUGGAACUGGAGUCUGUAUUCCACCCUCGUGGUGUGGGGACAGGAGAGCCCAGGCCGGCAUUUCUGUGAUCCGUGGCCACGUUUUCUAAGUGCCUGUGCCUUGAAAACAAGUGAAGGAACAUCACUGGUUCUAUUUCCUCCCUUGAACCUCUGAAAGACAGUUUGAUACUAACGAAAAAUGCAGCAGAGGGACCAGACAUCAGAGAUUUUAUAAUUACUUAUUUUAAGAAGCUGUUUUCUGGUUGGGCAUGGUGGCUCACGCCUGUAAUCCUAGCACUUUGGGAGGCGAGCCAGGAGGCUCACCUAACAUCAGGAGUUCAAGACCAGCCUGGCCAACAAGGUGAAACUCCGUCUCUACUGAAAAUACAAAGCGUAGCUGGCUGGGGUGGCAGGCACCUGUAGCCUCAGCUACUGGGGAGGCUGAGGCAGGAGAAUGGCUUGAACCCAGGAGGUGGAGAUUGCAGUGAACUGGUAUCUUGCCACUGCACUUCAGCCUGGUACAGAGCGGGACUCCGUCCCAGAAAAAAGCAGUUGUCUUCUGAUGACUUGGCUGUGUCAUAGGCAAUGGUGCUUUGUAACUCCUUGGAGAAUUGCCUUCCUGGCACCUGUGACCUCCCCCGGUCCUGCUCGCGUAGGAGACGCUCGAGCCGUGGUGUGCCAGAGUCCAGGGCGCUGGGUGUGUGUGACAGUCACCUGCCCUGUACUGCCAGGUAUUACCGAAGCUCAUCCGUGUGGCCAGUGAGGUCAUACAGAGGACCCAGCCCCUCGGCAGCCUGGAGCAUGUGUGGGAAGCGGCCUGCGGCCUGCACAGUCCCGGCUCUGCUGCAGUCCUGUGCCCGUCUGCCCUGGAGUGACAGCGUGGCUUCUGGCCGUAGCAGAAACGCGACUAAGAACACGUCCCCGGGAUGAGCUGACCUUCUUUGCUCAGGCCUGGGACUGUCCCUGGGAGUUGAGCGGGUGUAGGUGUCCAGGUGACGGCACCUGGCUCUUCGCGAGGCCCCACGGGCUGUGAGGGGGCGGGAGGCACCACGGCAUUUCUCCCGGCCCGUGGCUUUGCCAAAGACUUUCAAUCGCAUUUUUUAAAAGUGCAAAAUGCUCAGUAAAAAUUUUAUCAGUGACCAAAUUAGAAUGUAUUUAAUACAGUAGGAGGUUUAAGAACUUUUUAACGUAAGACAAACUGAUAGCCACGUUCUGUCAUUUUAAAGGAAGUGGAUCCGUGACGUUCUGCAGCUAGUCCGCUACUACAGGUAACUGUUGACUUGGUUUUAGUGACUGUUCUGUUUUUAAUGAUAGUGAUGACUUAUUAGGUCAGUAUCUAGAAGUUGCGU